UGACAUACAGGAAGAAGUUGAAUAAGUGUAAAAACACGGCGCUGUUUAACAAAAAACGCCAGUACUUUUGCACUUUCACUUUUUGUUAACCGAUUAACUUCAGAAACGUAAAGGUGUCGCCGGUUGGUGCAUUUAGCUUUUUUUUUUUUUUUUAGUUUUUUUUUUUCUGUACUCAUUUGGCAGGAGUGAACCUGAGGAUUUCUGCCAAGCCUAAACGCUGUAUAACGUGUGGAUUACUUCAUCAGAGAAACACGAGUCGUUUAAAUGGAAAAUCAGGGACAUUCUUGAAUGAACUUUGGGCAAAAUGUCAGAGCACAGAUCCAGUUUUCUUCACAUUGGAGACAUUGUGUCUCUUUACGCGGAAGGCUCGGUGAAUGGCUUCAUCAGUACUUUGGGGCUUGUUGAUGACAGGUGUGUGGUCCAGCCUGAUGCCGGGGACCUGGCCAACCCACCCAAAAAGUUCAGAGAUUGCCUCUUCAAGGUGUGUCCCAUGAACAGAUACUCGGCCCAGAAGCAGUUCUGGAAGGCGAAGCAGGGCAAACAAGGAAAUAACAACACGCAGGGAGACCUGUUCAAGAAACUACAGCAUGCAGCAGAGCUGGAGCAGAAGCAGAAUGAGUCAGAAAACAAGAAGCUCCUUGGAGAAGUUGUCAAAUACAGUAAUGUAAUCCAGCUCCUACACAUAAAGAGCAAUAAGUACCUGACGGUGAACAAGCGUCUCCCUGCCUUGUUGGAGAAGAAUGCAAUGCGGGUUUCUCUCGACCCGGCUGGAAAUGAGGGCUCCUGGUUCUACAUCCAGCCUUUCUGGAAGCUCCGCAGUGAAGGAGACAAUGUGGUGGUUGGAGACAAAGUGGUGCUGAUGCCAGUGAACGCAGGGCAGCCACUUCACGCCAGUAACAUUGAGCUACUGGACAACCCUGGCUGCAAGGAGGUUAAUGCUGUCAACUGCAACACCAGCUGGAAGGUCACCUUGUUCAUGAAGUUCAGUGACUACAGGGAAGAUGUGCUGAAGGGGGGUGACGUCGUGCGGCUCUUCCACGCCGAGCAGGAGAAGUUCCUGACCUGUGAUGAGUACAAGAAGCAGCAGCAUGUCUUCCUCAGGACCACGCUGCGGCAGUCUGCCACCUCUGCCACCAGCUCCAAGGCACUCUGGGAGAUUGAGGUUGUGCACUAUGACCCGUGUAGAGGAGGUGCUGGCCAGUGGAACAGUCUCUUCCGCUUCAAACACCUAGCCACUGGGAACUACCUUGCUGCUGAGGUGAACCCAGACUUCAAAGAUGACAGCACAGAGACCAAGGGAGAGAGUGACACAGAUACCGUGUUCUCCAAGAGGAAGCGUCAAGCUGCAGAGAAGAUUGCUUUCACCCUGGUAUCUGUUCCUCAUGGCAAUGACAUUGCUUCUCUGUUUGAGCUGGAUGCCACCACUCUGCAGCGGGCCGACUGUCUGGUGCCCAGAAACUCCUACGUGAGGCUGAGACACCUCUGCACCAACACUUGGGUGACAAGCACCAACAUUCCCAUCGAUGCAGAGGAGGAGCGUCCUGUCAUGCUCAAGAUUGGCACCUGUCCCACAAAAGAGGACAAAGAAGCUUUUGCCAUCGUGUCUGUCCCCCUGUCAGAGGUCAGGGAUUUGGACUUUGCCAAUGAUGCCAGCAAAGUCCUUGAAUCCACUGUGAGGAAGCUUCAGUAUUGCAACAUUGCUCAGAAUGAGAGGAGGUUUGUGACUAAGCUUCUGGAGGACCUGGUUUUCUUUGUGUGUGAGGUACCAAACAAUGGCCAGGAUGUGCUGUCUGUGGUCAUCUCCAGACCCAACCGAGAGAGGCAGAAACUCAUGAGGGAACAGAACAUCCUUGCCCAGAUCUUUGGCAUCCUGCAGGCACCAUUUAAAGACCAGGGGGAUGGUCCCAUGCUGAAAUUGGAGGACCUGGGAGAUCAGCGCUAUGCUAACUUCAAGUACAUGCUGAGACUUUGUUACAGGGUGCUGCGCCACUCCCAGCAGGACUAUCGGAAGAACCAGGAGUACAUAGCCAAAAAGUUCUCCAUCAUGCAGUCCCAGAUUGGCUAUGAGAUUCUGGCCGAGGACACGAUCACAGCCCUGCUGCACAACAACCGCAAGCUGCUGGAGAAACACAUCACGGCCAAGGAGAUCGAGACCUUCGUUAACUUACUGAGACGUAACAGAGAGCCCAGAUUCCUGGACUAUCUCUCUGAUCUUUGCGUGUCCAAUAAGACUGCCAUCCCAGUCACACAGGAGCUUAUCUGUAAAUUCAUGCUGAACCCUUCCAAUGCAGAUAUCCUCAUCCAGACAAAACUAAUCCUGAGCACAGAGACCACCCUGGAGUCAUCUCUGCUGCAGGAGGAGGUGGACGACGAGGAGGUUUGGCUCUACUGGAUUGACAGCCAUAAGGAGCCUCACGGCAAAUCCAUCCGCCACUUGGCCCAGGACGCCAAGGGCAACCAUAAGAUGGAUGUAGACAUCAUCACCUACUACAGGUACCAGUUGAACGUGUUUGCUAAAAUGUGUCUGGAUCGUCAGUACCUUGCCAUCAACCAGAUCUCCUGCCAGCUGCCUGUCGAAUUAAUCCUGCGCUGCAUGUUUGACGACUGCCUGCCGUACAACCUAAGAGCCUCCUUCUGCCGCCUCAUGCUGCACAUGCAUGUGGACCGUGACCCACAGGAGGCCGUGGUGCCUGUACGCUACGCCCGCCUCUGGACCGAGAUACCCUCCAAGAUCACCAUCCAUGAGUUCGAGUAUGAAUCCACAGACACCUCAAGAGAGGAGAUGAAGAGGAAAUUUGCUCCCACCAUGGAGUUUGUGGAAGAAUACCUCAAAGACGUGGUCAGCCAGCCUUUUCCAUUUGGGGACAAAGAAAAGAAUGAACUCACUCUAGAGGUGGUGAAUCUAGCUCGUAACCUGGUCUACUUUGGAUUCUAUAGCUUCAGCGAACUGCUGCGCCUCACACGCACUCUGCUGGCCAUCCUAGAUAUUGUCCAGCACCCGCUGACCUACAUGAACAAGCUCAACAAGAGUCCAGAGGCUGGGAACAAUGUGUUGCGUACAAUCCACGGUGUUGGGGAGAUGAUGACUCAGAUGGUGAUGAGCCGAGGUCUUCCACACAGCCUCCCCGACACCCCUCCCUCCCUGCGCUAUGGGAAAGGCCACUUCCUGCCAGACAACGAGGAUGUCAUGGUGAUGGACACCAAGCUGAAGAUCAUAGAGAUCCUACAAUUCAUCCUGAGCGUGAGGCUGGAUUACAGGAUUACAUACUUGUUGUCCAUUUACAAGAAAGAAUUUGGGGACAAGAACGUCACAACCGACAACUCUGUCUCAAUGGCUGACAUUCCUCCAAUGUCAGCUUCUGAGCCAGACAUAGAUGAGAUUGCCACCAAAGCAGAGACCAUGUUUGCGGGGAGCUCGGAGCUAAGUGCAGUGGAGCUGGAUGAUGAGGGUGGCCGGACAUUUUUGAGAGUCCUGAUCCAUCUGAUCAUGCAGGACUACCCCCCGCUGGUGUCUGGCUCUCUCCAGCUCAUCUUCAAGCACUUCAGCCAGAGAGCUGAGGUCCUGCAGGCCUUCAAACAGGUUCAGCUGCUGGUGUCAGAGCAGGAUGUAGAGAACUACAAGCAGAUCAAAGCUGACCUGGACCAACUGCGUCUGACUGUAGAGAAGUCAGAGCUGUGGGUGGAGAAGAGUGGAGGCUACAGCAGUGAGGACCUGGUAGCCAGGCAGGCCAAGGAACAAAACAACGAGGUGCUAUUCCAUCUUUUCGGGGAGGUUGUCUUGAGCCCGGUGCAGGAUGGGGAUAUAAAACCUCAGAUUGACAGCAAUAAAGCAAACAACUAUAAUAUUGUCAAGGAGAUCCUGCUUCGGCUCACUAAGCUGUGCUACCCCAGUAAGAAGAGUCGUGUCCAGCAGCAGAGGCUGCUGAAGAACAUGGGCGCCCACACUGUGGUGCUGGACCUGCUGCAGAUCCCCUAUGAGAAGAGUGAUGAGAAGAUGAAUGAGAUCAUGACCUUGGCGCACACAUUUCUGCAGAACUUCUGCCGCGGGAACUCUCAGAACCAAAUCCUUCUACAUAAACACCUUAACCUCUUCCUCACCCCAGGGUUGCUGGAAGCCGAGACCAUGCGCCACAUUUUUAUGAACAACUACCAUCUGUGCAAUGAGAUCAGUGACCGCGUGGUCCACCAUUUCGUCCACUGCAUCGAGACACACGGCAGACACGUUCAGUACCUCAAGUUCCUGCAAACCAUUGUGAAAGCUGACGGCAAGUAUGUGAAGAAGUGUCAGGACAAAGUCAUGACAGAGCUGGUGAACGGAGGCGAGGAUGUGCUGGUGUUCUACAACGACCGCUCGUCCUUCUCGGUGUUGCUGCAGAUGAUGGGCUCGGAGCGGGAGCGCUCAGAUGAAGGCGGCGCUCUGGCCUACCACAACACCCUGGUGGAGCUUUUAGCUGCCUGCACCGAGGGCAAGAACGUCUACACCGAGCUGAAAUGUAACUCCUUGCUGCCCCUGGAUGACAUCGUCAAAGUUGUCACUGACGUUCACUGCAUACCAGAGGUGAAAACAGCCUAUGUGAACUUUGUGAAUCACUGCUAUGUAGACACGGAGGUGGAAAUGAAGGAGAUCUACACCUCCAACCAUAUCUGGAAACUCUUUGACAACUUCCUGGUAGACAUGGCCAGUGUGUGCAACAGCACCACGGACCGGAACCAUGCCGACCUGGCGCUGGAGAAGUAUGUGACAGAGACAGUGAUGGCCAUCGUCAAGGGUUUCUUCAGCUCUCAGUUCUCGGUCAACAACUCCAACCUGCAGACAAACCAGCCUAUCUUCAUCCAGCUGCUCCAGUCUGCUUUCAGGAUCUACAACUGCACCUGGAUCAACUCAGCUCAGAAAGCAAAUAUUGAGAGCUGCAUCAAAACGCUGGCAGAUGUGGCCAAAGCACGGGCCAUCGCCAUCCCCGUCGACCUUGACAGUCAGGUCAACACUUUGUCGAUGAAGGUCCACAGCAACAUGGUGCAGCGGGCAGCGAAAGACUGGAGGAUCUCUGCCCGCACACGACCACGCAAGGAGCCCCUGGGCGGCCCCGACUACAAGAACAUCAUUGAGAAACUGCAGGGGGUUGUGUCGUGUCUCGAGGAGCAGUUCAGUCCUAAGGUGCAGGCAGAGUUUUCGGUCCUGGUGGAUGUUCUGCACAGCCCUGAGCUGUUGUUUCCAGAGGCGGCUCGGCUGCGCUGUGAGAGCGGAGCCUUCAUGUCCAAAUUGAUCAAACACACAAAGAAGCUCAUGGACAAAGAGGAGAAGCUGUGUAUCAAGAUCCUGCAGACACUCAGAGAGAUGCUGGACAAGAAGGAAAGCUUUCAGGAAUCUGGAAACGUGUUAAGAAAGAUUCUCCUCACGCGCUACUUUGGAAAUCAAAGGCUUCUCUCCAAGUCAGAGUUUGGGAGUGGAAACUGCUCAUCAGGGGGCUUUGUCAAGCCGUCGUCUGGAGGAGGUUCCUCUGCCGUCGACUCUGACAAGCCGGGCUGCAGCAUAGCAGAGAUCCAGUGUCUGCUGGACAACGUGGGAACAUCAGAGCUGGUGAUUGACCUCAUCGUCAACACCAAGAAUGAUAGAGUGUUUGAAGAGAGCAUCCUCCUGGGCAUCGCCCUCCUCCAGGGAGGAAACACGCAGAUACAGAACUCCUUCUACAGCCAGCUAUACAAGCAGAAGAAGUCAGAGAGGUUUUUUAAGGUUUUCUACGACCGCAUGCGUCUGGCCCAGCAAGAGAUCCGCGCCACCGUGUCCGUCAACAUGUUUGAGAUCAGCUGCAGGAAAAGGGACGAUGACAGUGACAUCACUGGUUUCAGGUUCAAGAAAGUGAAAGACUCGGGGCUUCAUAUGAGGGAAGAAAUGCGAGGCCAGCUAAAGGAGGCGUCCUCGAUUACCUCCAAGGCCUUCUGUGCCUUCAGGAAGGAGCUGGACCCUGACCUGGAGGGUCUGGGCCAGAGCAGUGAGAUGCCCGGGGCUGAAGAGGCUAUAGAGGAAACUCAGAUGAGCCCAGCCAUCACCAUCAUGAAACCCAUCCUACGCUACCUGCAGCUGCUCUGUGAGAACCACAACUCAGACCUGCAGAAUUUUCUGCGCAACCAGAACAACAAGACCAACUACAACCUGGUGUGUGAGACUCUCCAGUUCCUGGACUGUAUUUGUGGCAGCACCACCGGAGGCCUUGGGCUGCUGGGCCUCUACAUCAACGAGAGCAACGUGGACCUGGUUCGGCAAACCCUGGAAACCAUCACCGAGUACUGCCAAGGACCCUGUCAUGAAAACCAGUCCUGUAUAGCCAAGCACGAGUCGAACGGCAUUGACAUCAUUAUAGCGCUGAUUGUCAACUCCAUCAACCCCCUGGGGAAGCACCGGCUGGACCUGGUGCUGGAGCUCAAGAACAAUGCCUCCAAGCUGCUGUUGGCGAUCAUGGAGAGUCGACAUGACAGUGAGAAUGCAGAGAAGAUCCUCUACAAGAUGAGACCCAAUGAACUGGUGGAUGUAAUGAAGGAAGCCUACACCCAGGGGCUGGAGAGUGAGGCAGAAGAGGACAGUUUCAUAAACCAGAUCAAGCCCAAAGACGUUGGACAUAACAUCUACAUCCUGGCCCACCAGCUUGCCAGACACAACAAGAUCCUGCAGCAGAGCCUGAAGCCAGGAGCGGGACAGGAUCCUGAUCACGAGCAGGACGAUGCCCUUCGUUACUAUGCCAAUCACACAGCUCAGAUCGAGAUUGUGCGUCACGACCGCUCCAUGGAGCAGAUUGUGUUUCCGGUCCCGAACAUCUGUGAAUACCUGACCGAGGAGUCCAAGGUGCGCGUAUUCACCACCACCGAGCGGGACGACCAGGGCAGCAAGGUCAACGACUUCUUCCAGCAGUUUGACAACCUGUACAACGAGAUGAGGUGGCAGAAGAAGAUCCGCAAAAAUAAGGCUCUGUUCUGGUUCUCACGGCACAUCUCCCUUUGGGGCAGCAUCUCCUUCUACCUGGCCUGUCUGCUCAACAUCGCUGUGGCUGUUUUCUACCCCUUCGGUGAUGAUGGAGAUGAGGGCACCCUGUCCUCGUUGUGGAAUAUCUCCUUGUGGGUGGCGGUGGGUGUGUUCACCGCCUUGCUUCCUGUCCUACCCAAGCCGUGGGGAAUCCUGUUCUUCCUCGUCUCCCUUAUCCUGCGUGCCAUCUACACUAUGGGCCUCGGUCCCGCUCUGCUAUUGCUGGGUGCUGCCAAUCUGUUUAAUAAGGUAGUCUUUCUUGUGAGCUUUGUGGGUAACCAGGGAACAUUCACCCGUGGGUACAAAGCCGUGGUAAUGGACAUGCUCUUUAUCUACCAUUUGGGCUAUGCUAUCAUCUGCGUCCUUGGCCUGUUGGUACACGAGUUCUUCUACAGCUUCUUGCUCUUUGACCUGGUGAUCCGAGAGGAGACACUGCUCAACGUGAUAAAGAGUGUGACAAGGAACGGCCGCUCUAUUAUUCUCACAGCUGUUUUGGCCAUCUUUCUUGUCUACUUCUUCUCCAUCAUCGGCUUCCUCUUCUUCAAGAAUGACUUCCUUAUGGAGGUGGACCGGCCCUCUGCACCAGGGAAAAACAGUGGAGUUGCUGAGACGUGUAUGAGAGACAGCUGCCCUGACUCCUCACCUAAGCAUGAUGCGGACAAUGGGACAGAGUACGUGUGUGACACUUUGCUCAUGUGCAUAAUCACGGUGUUGAAUCAGGGACUGCGUAAUGGAGGAGGCGUUGGAGACAUCCUCAGGAGACCCUCCAAAGAGGAGCCUCUGUUCGCAGCCCGUGUGGUUUACGACCUCCUGUUCUUCUUUGUUGUCAUCAUCAUCGUCCUCAACCUCAUCUUCGGCGUGAUCAUCGACACCUUCGCAGACCUGAGGAGUGAGAAACAGAGGAAGGAGGAGAUCCUGAAAACCACCUGCUUCAUUUGCGGGCUGGAAAGGGACAAGUUUGACAACAAGACUGUGUCCUUUGAGGAACAUAUCAAGUCUGAGCACAACAUGUGGCACUACCUUUACUUCCUGGUUCUGGUGCGGGUGAAGGAUCCCACCGAGUAUACUGGGCCUGAGAGCUAUGUGGCUCAGAUGAUUGAGGAGAAGAACUUGGACUGGUUCCCCCGCAUGAGAGCCAUGUCUUUGGUGAGCAGCGAGGGUGAUGGCGAACAGAACGAGAUGCGCUCUCUGCAGGAGAAACUGGACUGUACCAUCACUCUGGUGGCUCAGCUCUCUGGCCAGCUGGCUGAGCUGAAGGAACAGAUGACAGAGCAGAGGAAGAAUAAGCAAAGGCUUGGGUUCCUGGGUCCUACUCAGGCCAACCAUCACAUCCCAGCCCACUGACAGGGCGCAGCAGUGGACCCCUACUCGAAGCUCACAGGAGAAACAUACGCAAACACACACUCAGUGUCCAACCUCAGGCACAAUACCUGUGUAGCCACAUAUAAAACCACAAUCACUAGUGUUAAAUUGCAAAGGGCUAGAAAGUAUUGAUGCACGUACAUUUUGAAAUAGUGCCUUUUCUGCAACACAAACAAUGCCUUAUUUGAUAUGAACUGUGCCUUGUGUGCAGCAGUCCUUACUGAGGCAUUGAAGCCGCUCGUCUGCACACAUUCCCUUAUGCCUUCUCAUACACUUAGCCACUCAGAGACUCUGUGAAUGAUUUGCCAGCCUUGGCACACAUUUGCCAGCAUAGAAUUAGUGUGCCAGAAAGAGGUUUCAGGGAAAGGUUAAGUUAAGGUUAAUGGUUAAGCGAUGUCAGUCUUUGGAUAGCCAUGUGUUAACCCUCUGCACGCCUUGUCUGUCUCUGGGGCCACUGUGUAUGAGAGACUGGGUCAAACACACACAGGUUUGCAGGCUGUGCUCUGAAAGUCAGGCUUUCUUUCAUUAAUGAUCAGCCCCGCAAGGGAAGAGUGAGUCUACAGUAACAUCAAAUAUUCAUUCUCUCCUUGACCUUUUAGAUUUUUAUUGGUAUUUAUGUGCAGUGUGGAUAUUAUAACUGGAGUAUUAUUUUUGCAUCAUGGAAAAUGAGUUGUUUUUUUUUUUUUUUUCUUUGUCUUGCUGCCUCACUCAUUAACUUUUACAUACAGUGCACUUUAAAAAAAUAAAAGGGAUGGGGGCGGGGAGGGGGAAAAAGGUAAGAUCAAAACCGGAAACCGUGAUCGGUUCGGAGCAUUAUUCUUCUUACAUGCUCUGACUUCUGUUUGAAAAUGCCUUCACUGCACCGUUUCAUCUGCCUUUGUACAGAACUGUACAAAGCAUAUAAAUAACAGCAAUGUGAAGUGAAAUAAUCUGAUUACCUGUGUGGAAUUUACUUGAAAGGCGUUUUAUGUCUAAAUCUUAAACUGGUACAGAAUGUAGUGCUGAAUGAAGAUGAUAUGAUUACUUUUGCAGUUCUUUGUUACAAUGUUAAGAUCUCCAUGUUGAUAGAGAUAUCAGCUAAUAGGCUACUGUAAUAUUUACUGUGUCGUCUUAGAUCAUCUUCCAUCAUCUACUGUUUGUUUGACUUUGAUGUUAUUGUUUUGUUUGUUUUUUUUUUUUACUCACUGUGUAAAUUCUUCUCACCCAUCUAGAUUCUUAGUGUGAAAAAGGGUUUUUAAACUUGCACAGCCAAAUUUCAGAUUAUGAGUGUGUGCAUUUGACGGGAAUCGUCCUUGACGCUUUCUACAUAAACAGUAUUAAAAAGGAGAAAAAAAGUAUAAAACCUGUGUAGAUAGUGUAUUUUAUCGUUUCAGAUGUUGCAUUGUAAUAAAUUCACAACAAGCUAA